CCAUAGUAGGUGAGAGCUUCAUAGAUACACCCUUGUUCUUUUUUCUUCCCAAAUCAACAGCUUAAAUUCCCCGAUUUCUUGUGCAUGAAGCAACAUAGAAAUGGAAGGAGGAGAAGGAAAGGAGGAGAAAUUGCCACCGGGGUUUCGGUUUCAUCCCACAGAUGAAGAACUCAUCACAUACUAUCUGGUAAACAAGAUAUCAGAUGCAAACUUUACAGGAAAAGCUAUAGCUGAUGUUGAUCUCAACAAAUGCGAACCCUGGGACCUUCCAGGGAAAGCGAAAAUGGGAGAAAAAGAGUGGUAUUUUUUCAGCCUUCGAGAUCGGAAGUAUCCAACUGGAGUGAGAACAAACCGAGCGACCAACACUGGGUACUGGAAGACCACAGGGAAAGACAAGGAGAUCUGCAACAGUGAGACAUCAGAAUUGGUUGGGAUGAAGAAGACUUUGGUUUUCUACAGAGGUAGAGCCCCAAGAGGAGAGAAAACCAACUGGGUCAUGCAUGAAUAUCGUAUUCACUCCAAAUCCUCCUACAGAACUUCCAAGCAGGAUGAAUGGGUAGUUUGCCGUAUUUUCCAGAAGAGCGCCGGUGUUAAGAAGUACCCUUCGAACCAGUCAAGAGCAGUCAACCCCUACAGCUUUGAAAUAGGGCCGAGUGUUAUACCGUCGACCAUGAUGCAGCCGGAGAACUUUCAUCAGUUUCAGAUGGGAAGACACUACGUCCCCAACACGGAACUAGCAGAGCUUUCCAGGGUUCUAAAAGGCACUCAUGCAAGCAGUAACAUAAACCAGCUGCCAAUGCAACCCCCGAUGAACUAUCCGGUCGGAGGAGGGUUUACGAUAUCCGGACUGAAUUUAUAUCUUAGAGGAGGCACCACAGAACCGGUAAUGAGGGCAAUGCAACCGCCAGUUACUCCCCAGGCGAUGAAUCAAGCGGACGUUACGGCGUCGUUGAUGAACUGCGGCACUUCUUUUGCUGGUGAGGCUGGGUAUGGAGCAGAAAUGAGUAAUGCAAGUGGGCCGAGCAAUAGAUACAUGGGAAUGGACCAUUGCUUGGACUUGGAAAACUACUGGGCUCCUCCCCCUUACUGAGGUGGGGAAAAUAAAUUCAACCAAAUUCA